CCCCUCCCCGAGUACCGGGUGACGCUGGGGGUCCUGCAGCUCCUGUCGCCGCCCCCCGACGCCCAGGUGAGGGGCGUGGCCUCGGUGGCGCGCCACCCGGCCUAUCGCGACUAUCGCGACAGCGACGCCGAGCCACAGGACGGGGAGGUGGCGGGGGACCUGGCGCUGGCCCGGCUGGAGCCCCCCGCCAGCCCCUCGCGCCUCGUGCGGCCCGUGUGUGUCCCCGCCGCCGGUGUCGCCUUUGUCCCCGGGCUGAACUGCACCGUCACCGGCUGGGGACACGUCCGGACG